CAGGGCAAAGAAGACUGGACAACAAGCAGUUCCUCAACUUCACUGCUAUGCUGGACCUGAAGAUGUAGUCUGUGAUGUCUGCACUGGGAUGAAGCUGAAAUCCCUCAAGUCCUCUCUGGUCUGUCUGGUCUCUUACUGUGACAAACACCUCCAGCCUCACUAUGAUGUGGCUCAGUUAACAAAACACAAGCUGAUGGAGCCCACUGAGAAGCUCCAGGAGAACAUCUACUCUCGUCAAGAUGAGGUGAUGAAGUUCUGCCAUAUUGAUCAGCAGUGUAUCUGUUAUCUCUGCUCUGUGGAUGAACAUAAAGGCCACGACACAGUGUCAGCUGCAGCAGAAAGGACUGAGAGGCAGAGAGAACUCGAGAUGAGUCUACAAAACAUCCCGCAGAGAAUCCAGGACAGACAGAAAGACCUGAAGGUGCUUCAACAGGAGGUGGAGGCCAUCAGUCACUCUGCUGAUAAAGCAGUGGAGGACAGUGAGAAGAUCUUCACUCAGCUGAUCCGUCUCAUGGAGAAAAGAAGCUCUGAUGUGAAGCAGCAGCUCAGAUCCCAGCAGCAAGCUGAAGUGAGUCGAGUCUUGGAGCUUCAGGAGAAGCUGGAGCAGGAGAUCACUGAGCUGAAGAGGAAAGACGCUGAGCUGAAGAAGCUCUCACACACAGAGGAUCACACCCAGUUUCUACACAACUACCCCUCACUGUCAGGACUACAGGACAUCAUCAGUGUGGACUGGACCGAGACCUCGCUGACAGACACUGGAGGUCUGGUGGCACUAGCAGAGCUGCUAAAUUAUUCAGCAAUACAUUAGUCUAAAUACUUUGACUGCUGCAAACAGAGUCUGCAGCUGCUGGCUGGCUGACUGACUGACAGCAGCAGCUGUGUGUGUGUGUGUUGGUCAAAG